CAAUGAGGCCUGACAGGAUUGAAGAGCAUCACUUUGCAAUUAUGGAGAUGCAUUGUUUGUCAAGAAAUAUGAAGAUCUGGUAUUAUUAUAGCUGCUGCAGGUUGAGUAUAGGCUUAGUGUUGAUGCAGGGUGGAUUCCAGGUUACCUCAGCAAAGGGUCCGAGGUUUUUUGACUGGGGGGUGUAUAUGCGCACUGACCACCCUUGCGUCUUUGAAGUGCACGCUGCCUUUUUCUCCCGCUGACUGCGACAGAUCACAUCCCUUCAACUUCACCUAUAGUUUUCUAGUCGAUAUAUCUUUGAAUUAUACCUUGAUACAAGCGGCGCUAUGGGUAGUCCGUACCACGUCUCCCGAUGUGCCUCCCACCUUCUCUCCUGCGAUGAAGCUUCUAUUGAGUUCCAAGCGAUUUCUCUCAUUGCGGAGUCACUUGCCCAUCCUCAGAGAGCUCUUCUCAGUGCUUUUGUACAGCAGGCUGUCGAUAAAGAAUCCGCGGCUCGUUUCAUCCUCAAUGAUGUUGUUGGACACAACAAAGCCACGGUUGCUGAAUUCUUAGCUGAUUGGAUCAGUCUCCUGCGGAGGGUACGCCCGAUUGUUUGCGAGAAUUUGGACCCGUCACUCAGACGGAGCAUAUGGCGGAGAGAUGGAGGCAGAUGCUGUAUCUCGAAGGCCGAUGAAGAUCCAUUGCCUAUUCAUAUAGUAUCUCCUACUCUCUUUCAAGAUGGAGACAUGGUCCAAGAUGGGAGGCUUUACACCAUGCUCGCAGUGUACAUUGGACGAUCGAAGUUGGAAUCUCUGAGAUCGCUCUUAGAUCAAAAUUCUGACUUUUCUGGCUAUGAUCCUUCCGAUCAGCUGAUGCUGUUGUCGUCGCAAAUGCUUGCAGAUUUCGCAAAUGGAAGGCUUUCCCUGAAGGCUGAUCCGCUGGGAGCUACGAGCAACUCAGCCCAGUACUUUGUGAAAACGAACAUUUUUAUUCCGUCUAUACGAGUCGACGUUUUUCCUCUCAUAAGACUGGAGAACAGGGCUAUGGAUACCUCGUCUCUCCCAAAUCCGCAACUUAUUGAAGCACACCAUCGAUUCGCACUAGCUUCGGCAUGGCUGGAAGUGUUUGACUAUAUGAAACAAAGUUGCAGCUCCUCAUGCAGCUUAACAUCACAGGACCAGACCAGCUUAGCUAGGAAGGCUCCAGCGAAGAGAAGUUGGUUUCGACGGUGCAUCCAACCUGUAUAUCCAAUACUCCAACACCUGUGGUUGCAAACGCCCGUGUCUCUUCGAGCAACUGCCUACGAGUGCCUAGCAUCGCUUGGACAACAGUUCUGUGGAGACACUGGUUCCGACCGGAUUCACCAAUUGCCUUUCAAUCUCUACCUGCGAAAAACACAUCAAGACUGGGCACUGAGACACCAAGCAGAGCUUCGAUCACUCCAAAUCGUUCAGACAUACACGCAUAUUCCCGCACCAAAGGGGAUAGACGCGAUUCAGCACCGUGGAUCAUCGUAUCUCCUCAUGACCGGUCUCCAUGGAUGCGGUAUAGGGCAAAGGCUGUCUACCAUGACUGAUAGACAACUGGACGAAGCUGCAAAAGACCUCAAGGACUAUCUUGCUGAAUUGCGGCGUAUUCCUAACAAUACCGGUUCACGAUUCUGCAUUUGUAAUCCACUGGGUGGUGGCAUUUUGGAUUGGCGAAUCAGUGACUCCCAACGCAAGCAAUUGCGAUUCCACGAGGAGACCGAAUUCAAUCAAUUCUUGACGACCGAUCUUCCUCUUGACGAAGAUGCAUGGAGGCAGAUUUCGAAGUCGCACGGCGUGAAGCACGACAUUGUCUUCACCCACGCAGAUCUCAAUCUCAGGAAUAUCCUUGUCGAUGAGAUGGGGAGGAUCUCGGGCAUAGUGGAUUGGGAAUGUGCAGGAUGGUAUCCCGAGUAUUGGGAACACUCCAAGAUGCAUUUUACUGUUCGACAUACCCCUCGGUGGAUUGCAGAUGUUGUCGAUCAAAUCUUUCCGGCUUACCGCGACGAGUUGAACGUGGAGAACAUGCUGUCCGGCAUGGUACCGUCAUGGUGAUCAGGCGUAUACCUCAAGUUCUCCAUUAAUGUGCGAAAUACUAUGCGUUAGAGAGAUGCAGGGUCCUGUCACGAUCGUGUGGUCGCCGCCGCAAUAUCCAUAACGUCAUAUCUCGGGCAGAAGUCGGAAGAGAGGAGGAAAUUGAGGAGGAGCCCAGGGGAUGAAAGUGGAGUGGG